CAGUAGCGCUCGAACUGACGUUGGAGAUAUGCGCUUGGACCAUGCUCGCAGUCUGUGGAGAAAUAUAUUUACAGUAAUCGUUUGAUUCUUACAAAAAAGUCUGUGUGGAUUUCUCCUGCGCCCUCCGAGCCCUCACACAGCAGCAGUCAUUUAUUUUCAAACAUCUGCGAAAGCUCAGUUUUAUUUUUUCGCGGCGCUCCGAGGAGCGCAGCGCCUUGAAGUGGACAUUCUGUUGUUUCCCAAAGUGCUUCAGCUGUCCUGCGCUUCUUUUACUUCAGAAGUAAAAAGAAGAAACACAAAAGUUAACCAAGCGACCAGGACGAGGAUUAAAUGUUCGGCAUCCAAGAGCAGCUGAUACGAGAAGUGAGUGGAUUAAAAGAGAGAAGUCUUGGAGAAGAGAUGGAUCCAAUCCGGUCGUGGGUGCGUAACGUCGGGGUUGUAGAUGCGAACGUCGCAGCGCAAAGUGGAGUAGCUCUGUCAAGAGCCCAUUUUGAGAAGCAGCCACCCUCAAAUCUCCGAAAGUCCAACUUCUUCCACUUUGUCCUGGCGCUCUAUGACAGACAUGGCCAACCUGUGGAGGUGGAGAGGACAGCAUUUGUGGACUUUGUUGAGCAUGAAAAGGAGCAGACAGGAGAAAAGACCAAUAACGGCACUCAUUACAAGCUGCAGCUUCUCUACAGUAAUGGGGUUCGUACAGAGCAAGAUCUAUAUGCACGACUUAUCGACUCCGUCACCAAACAGCCCAUUUCAUAUGAGGGGCAAAACAAGAAUCCAGAAAUGUGCCGGGUUCUGCUCACACAUGAGGUUAUGUGCAGUCGCUGUUGUGAGAAGAAAAGUUGUGGCAAUCGAAACGAGACGCCCUCUGAUCCAGUCAUCAUUGACAGGUUUUUCUUGAAGUUUUUCCUGAAAUGUAACCAGAAUUGUCUGAAGACAGCAGGAAACCCGAGGGAUAUGAGGAGAUUUCAGGUGGUCUUAUCUAGCACUGUGAGUGUGGAUGGCCACGUCCUAGCGGUGUCUGACAACAUGUUCGUCCACAACAACUCUAAACAUGGUCGGAGAGCUCGCAGACUGGAGCCAGGAGAGUCCAUGGAGAAUAGUAUGGAAUAUGCUACGCCAUGUAUCAAAGCCAUCAGUCCCAGUGAGGGAUGGACCACCGGAGGGGCCAUGGUCAUAGUCAUUGGGGAGAACUUUUUCGACGGGCUGCAGGUGGUGUUUGGAAGCAUGUUAGUGUGGAGUGAGCUGAUCACUCCGCACGCUAUCCGUGUCCAGACACCACCUCGACACAUCCCCGGGGUUGUGGAGGUCACACUGUCUUAUAAAUCGAAACAAUUCUGCAAGGGAGCACCUGGACGUUUUAUCUACACAGCCCUUAAUGAGCCAACUAUAGACUAUGGGUUUCAACGUCUUCAGAAGGUAAUUCCUCGACAUCCUGGUGACCCAGAAAAACUAGCAAAGGAGAUUCUCUUAAAAAGAGCAGCAGAUCUUGUAGAGGCCCUGUAUGGAAAUCCACACAGCAACCAGGACAUGCUGCUGAAACGUGCAGCUGAUAUUGCUGAAGCACUCUACAGUGUUCCUCGUCCACACAGUCAGCUGCAAGCCCUGCCCAGCUCACCAGCUCAUGGCAGCGUCAUGGGCCUCGGCUCUUAUCCCUCUCAGUUAGGAGUUAGCAUUGGAGAGCCAGGACAGAGCAGCCAAGGUUACAUUCGUAACUCCAGCAGUUUAUCUCCAAGGGGUUACCCAUCAGCUUCUACUCCCCAGCAGUCAAGCUACGGAGGCAGCGGGGGAAUGACUGGAGGCUAUGGAACAGUUCCCAUGACAAGCCUGGGGGUUCCUGGAUCUCCUGGCUUCAGCAGUGCCUCACCUACAAGCUCUCCCUACAUAAUGCCCUCCAGCCCCACUAUACCAGGAAGCUCAAGCUCCUCAUCAUCUCUCUUGCCUUUCUCCUCCUUCCCUUCUGCUGCUAAACAGAAGAGUGCUUUUGCUCCCGUCCUCAGGCCCCAAGGCUCUCCCUCCCCUGCCUGUCCUGCCUCAGGGGGGAACAGCUUCAGAGGUAGCCAUCCAACUCACUAUCUGACCCCGCUGUCUGAACUCACGAAUGCAGUCUAACUCCUGUUACUAACAACUCGAAAGCUAUGACUGAACGAGACAGAAAAAACUUGCUGGAUGUACAAUAAUGAAAGACCUGACUGAUCAGAAUCAUAGAUUUUGUAUAUGUUUUUCUCUCCAGCGAUGACGGGCCUGGUUGUUCCCCCGAUGUAGCAAAGCACCCGACCCCAGUCUACCCCAGACCACUGCUUCACUUAGCCCCCUCUUUUGGCACUGGGGAAGGGAGAGGGAGAAGGGAAUAUUGAUAACUAGCAACUUUGUAUAACUUCCCUUCAUGAUCCCACCUGUCACCUCUUAGUCUCUUUUUCAUCCAGUUGGAUGAAUCGGACGGGGUAUGAAAAUAUCCAAAGACCAGCCAUCUACUUCAAUUGGAGGAGAAUACUCCACCUACAACUAGAGAUAGACUCCUCCUUAGCAAAUGGACUUAACCAUAUACUGCCAUGUGUGUGUAUGUAAUAAAACGUCUAAAAGGAAACAGAGGAAGGCGCCCUCGAAUUUCUUCUCAAGCUUCAAAAGGAUCUGUAUUGAUCUCUGGACUAUCACAACAAGCAGUAUUCAGUUCUUGCAGCAUAUAUGCAGGCCCUGAUCAGACCUAGAGGACGGGCUGUGAGAGCACUGAGUGUUGACAAGUAACAGACAACUCGGAUAAAAUGUAGCAGCUCUUUUAAGCAGGGUGCUAAUUUGUCUGUGUAUGGACACCUUAAAUGGCAUGUGUGUACACUGUCUGUGAGCUAGCGAGAGUUUUUUUGUUUGUUUGAUUUUUAGUAGACUUUUUGAAGACAAUUUACAUUCCAGACAAAUAGACCCUUUAUUUUUUUUCUGAACUCUAUGUUUUUUCAAGAAAAAAAUCUUUGUUUCAUGGGUUAUUACGAAAUGAAUUCAUAUAUUGAUUUAUUUAAGAACAAGCAAUUUAACUUAUUAUAGUUAGUUUAGGGAAUAAUAUAAACAUGUUUUUUUUAAAUAAAGUGGUCCUUUUCCAACUGUUACUGAAAUAAAGUUAUCUAGACAAUUGCCAAUUACUUUGAUAAAUGAACAACAGGAAUAGAUUUUUCAGUAAAAAAAAAAAAAACGUUUUUUUUUUUUUUUUUUUUAAUAAACCAUUCCUUGUUGCAGGUUAUGGCAUAACAAAAUGUAUAUGUUAUGCUUACAGUGAAAGAGGGUUAUUGUCCUUGUGUAAAGGAAAAUGUUAGUUAGCUUUAUUCUUUUUAAUUUCACUUAAAAUGCAUGCUUUGUUACACCAAUGCCCUGACUUUGUUUCAUUCCACAUUGCAAGCUUAAACUUGUAUGACUAGGUAGAGAUUUUUCAGUUUCAUUAUCAAAGUUUCAUUUAUCAACGUAUCCCAGUACAAGAAUAUAGUUUCUAUGCAGUACAGUAAAUGAAAGCACAGCAGCUCAAAAGAAAAGAACCUGGUGCAUUAGGUUUUCAUUGUCAUCCCGCUAUACUACUUUUAUGGAUUUUUGUCACCAUUUACACAAACUACAUUCUCAGGUUGUGAAAUAAAGAACACAAAGAGUAGAUGACAUUUGCAAAUUUGUUUUUAGAGUUUGGUCAAUGUUAUUUAUUUAAAAAAAUAUUAGCAAUUUAUUUUCGUUUUUUUAAAGCCAUCUUUCUUUAAAAACAAUACAAAAAUGGUGCAAAUGUGAUUUGUA